CGACGACUAAACGAAUGAAAACAACAAACAAACGUUUUGUGAGUGUUUCUGGUAUAUGAAGUGCUUUUUUUUGUGUGUGUGUUUCCCUCUGAAUUUCAUUUUAUUUUCUCGUGUACACGUACGGAUGGAUGGAAUUGGAUGGAUGCUGUUGUAAGACAAGAUUUUUAGUUUGCUGCUGAACGUUUUUUAAAGAAGAUAAAACGAACGAAUGAAUUGAAUGAGGAAAAAAAAAUUAUACCAGAAAUAUUAUUUUCCAAAAAAAAAAAGAAAUUAAAUAAUAAAUUUAACUAAUAAACGGUGAAAUUUUUUACAUUAAAAAAAAAUUUAUAAAAAUAAUCAAAGCGAUAAUAAGCCUAUGAAAUAUUUGUGAAAAGUUUAAGAAAUUAGAAAAAAAAGAAAUAAUAUGCAAAAUUUCUAAGUGUAUGCAAUAAAAUGAAGAUCAUUUAAUAAUAAUGGCCAUAAAAAUAACAAUUGUCUUCGGCGUAUGAUGAAUUUCUCUUUAGCCAGAGACAGAGGAAUUUAUCAUCCAUUAUUAUUUCAGUGGACUGUGGUAAUAAUAAUAAGAAUACAUACUUCUCACUCUUUCUCUAUCUGUUUUGCACUCUCUUCUAACACCAACUAACACCAACUGGCAAAAAAAAAAACAAGAACAACAACACACGCACACAAUUCUAUACAAUUGUCAAAAUAAAUAAACAAUGAAAUUGUAUGCCACAUGCCAAUAUAAAUGUGGUGACAACAAACAGCUCAACUGUAAUUAUAAUUGUCGUUUAGGAGGCCAUGAUAAUAUGGCCACUGGUAGUGGUGACUACCCAGACAAUACAACGAAUUCACCAUCACCAUCAUCCCUUUACAGUAGUUGUCCACAAUUAAAUCAGUAUCGUAGUUUGCCCCGAAAUCUUUUCAGUGCUCUAAGACGACAACAGCAACAACAACUACAGCAGCAGCAUCAAUAUCUUCCUCAGCAAGUGCAGUUUCAGACGCAGCAGCAUCAGCAACAUAUACAACACAAUUGUGGCCAUUAUACUACCAGAACGAAUUCGGAACAGGAACUAAGAAGAUCAGCUUUAAUCAAAAGCACAAAUAGUAAAAAUAAAAAUAUAAUUCUAUGCAGCAAAUGUGCAGUGUGACGAAGGUAUAAUCUUAGUUGUGAACAUCCUCCACAAAUUCCCAGCAGAAGUAACAAACCAACUGCAACAACAUCGGCAACAAACGAUUUUCAAAACAAUUUACAAAAAUCAUUAAGUGAACAAUCUGCCUUGGAAUUGACACUACCCGCACCACCUGGUUUUCGGGAUAUUUCAAUAGCCACUCCUGCCGCUUUGACCACACAAAGAAUAUUGUGUGAAAAUUGUCGUUACAACGAUCAACCGGUUGUCUGGUGGGUUUCGUGUCCACGUUUGGCCUAUCAACAGGGCUCCACACAAAGUCUUAAAGAAUACACCACCAAGACUACGCCCUUUGUAUCUACCAAUAAUAAUAACAACGUCAACGAAUUACUUACACCUCACAGCACACUGGAAUCCCAUAGAUCGAAUAUAUCAUCAGCAUCAUUAAACAUGUUAAAGAAACCCAUGGUGAAAUCAAGUGUCCAAGCACCAACAAUUACAUCAACUAACUCAGCAAGUACAGCAGCAACAGCCCAGACUACAAUAGCAAAUCAAGCAUAUAAAUGUAACACUUCGGUGACAAAUGCAACUCCUUCGCCACCACCACCACCCCUAAUGAGAGCACAUCAUCAUCGUUCGAUAACAGCAUUGCCAGCCAUUGAUUUGUAUGAUAAUUAUGGGGCCUCGACACAUGUUCCUUCUAGCAAUUUUAAUAGCAUGUCAUGCAGACGUCAUGCCAAACAGCAGCAACAACAAUUGCAACAGACAUUACAUCAUCAACAUCAUUCGCAUCAACCAGCUCAAUCUCACUCCCAACAGCAUGCUCAUCAACACCAGCAGCAACAAUAUACUUGUUGUAGUUCCUACAAUAUAGACCAUCAUAAAAUGCAAAUGCCUUCUACAUGCCUGUGUGGUAAACUAUACCAUCAACAGGUGCGACCUCAAGAGACUUUGGCGCCACCACCACCAGCCGCUUUACAUUCGGCCAAUCGUGGUUGUAAUCAUGGUUUUUAUUAUGCUCCCGAUUCUUGUGUCCAUCAGUUUGAGGAACAGGAUUCUGGUUUUCCUGGUUUAAGAGAUCAAGAAUUUUACUUGUUGCAUCGUAAUAUUCCUGCUUUAAGACGUACGGGGGUAGAUACCAUUGGCAUUAGGCAACAUUUUUAUCCUGAUGGCGGUUGGGGUUGGAUUAUAUGUGGCAUGUCUUUUUUGGUGCAUAUUUUAACGACUGGUCUGCAAUUGUCUUAUGGUUUGACAUUGUUCUAUGCUGUUCAACAUAUACAGAAUGCUAAUGGAAAUGAAUGGCUGGGAGCACUGAGUUGGUCGAUAUCAAUGUUAAUUUCCCCCUUCGUAGAGACUAUAUGUCGGAGAAAAUCUACUAGACUAAUGGCUGUGGUAGGCGGUUUAAUACUCUCUUUAGGAAUACUAUUCACUUCAUUUGCCACUGAGGUGGAUCAGGUUAUUUUCAGUUAUGGUUUUGUUUUUGGUAUAGGCGUGGCAAUGGUGCGUGAGACAUCGACCAUAAUGUUGGGUAAUUACUUUAAGAAAAGAAGACUUUUUGUGGAAAUGGUGGCCAUGUCGGGUGAAGGUGUGGGUAUAGCUUUAUUUUCGGUGCUAUUAAAAGAAGGAGUGGGAAAAACGGGUUGGCGUUGUGGUUUACAAAUUGUAGCGGCCUUAACUUCAAUAAGCUUUUUCGUGGGUCUUUUAUAUAGACCCGCUUCUCUAUAUCAUCCCCAAAGAAGAGCUAUACAACAUUUAAAGAAUCAAAGAAAAAAGAUGCGCGAUCAUAAAAACAAUAAUCCUCCCGUAGAGCCUAAUAUUUUAAAGAAAUUAUUACAAGACAUAUCAAAUUUAAAAUCGGGCACUGUGAAGAUUUUAUUAUUGACCUCUGCCGUGGCGGCUUUGGGUAUAUAUACUCCGAUGUUUACCAUGUCUUUAAAUGCUGCCAAAGAAGGUUCCGAUGUUCAAGAAUUGGUGCUAUUACAAACUAUGCUGGGAAUGUCUACAACCUUAGGAGUGGUUUUGGCGGGGGUCUUAAUAAGACGGCCGUUUGUUAUACAUAAUUUUGUAUUGUCUACGCCCAUAAUAUCGCAGUUUUUCCUGGCCACUGUAGCACUCUCCAUACUCUUCAUGUCCUUUGUUAUGGGCUACAAAGGUCUGUGCAUUUUAUCGGGUAUUUAUGGUGUUGGUUUUGGCGGUUUUCGUUUUUCUUUGAAAAUGUUGGCUCUGGAACGUGUCAAGGUGAAAUUUUCCAAAACCUGGUCUUUUGUCAGAGGAAUUGAAGCCAUACCAGUGCUGAUAAGUGUACCUUUAACUAUAUUUCUCAAUGACUAUUCUCUCAAAUAUGGACGAGCGGGUUACUAUAUAUGCUCAGCUGCUGCUGCCAUAGCUGCCAUUAUAAUAUUCUUUAUAGGCUACUCAACAUACCCACAUAAUCCUUCGCAACGUUCAAAUAUGAAUGGUGCUGCAGUGCCUACAACACCGCGCAUGCGUUCCAUGUCUACGCAAUAUAUACGUCAUAAAUAUCAACCGGCCUUUACGGUAGAUUAUACAAAAACCAAUGGCUGUGAAUAUCCAGCCCCUGAUCUAAUAAAUCGUAGUUGUAUUAGUUUAAAUCAAUUAGGUGCAAGUUCUUCGUGUAUGUGUGAAUCUUUAAGGCCUAUGUGUAAUUGUCACCAGCAUCAUCAUACACCAGCACAGCAGAGAAGACAUUUUAUGUCCGAUAUAAAUCGUACUGGAGGUGUAACGGCCUUACAUGCCGCCGAAAUGGGUCAUGAUCAUCGUUAUCCUUAUAUAUAUGACAAUGGUACGGGCAACUAUUUAAGACGUAGUCUUUCCUUUAUACAAAAUGCCAACUGUUGUGGUUCCAAUCAAUUCCAGUUGCAAUGUCAAGCUAAUGUUCAAUGGUCUAAUAGAGAUUUAAGAGUGGAAAACACCCAACCCUUACUUUGCACCUGCAGCCCCUCCAGUUAUUUCCAGAACUGUAAAAGUCAAAGUGUACCCGAGGGCCUGUCGACUAUGUCGCAACAGUGCAAAUGUAAACCACAGCCCUCGCGCGAGUAUAUCUAUGUGCCGCGUCAACUGGCACAACAGCCACUAGCUCAACACUGUUCCUGUCAAAAUCUAGAUAAAUCUCUGGCCACUGCCACUACUACCACUACAAUAUCAGCCUCCAAUCAAUCGAGAAAUGUUUUUAAAGAUACUGGACCAGCAGUAGCGACGCAUUCUACUGCUACAAUACCUAAAUGUAAACUCAAACGUUCACAAUCCCUAUCGAGACCUAUAACCUAUGUUGAACAAAUGACCACAUCCGUGUAGUUUAGUUUUAUGGUAAAAUUAUCCUCCUCUACGAAGCGUUUAACUCUAACUAUCACUACCAAACUACAAAGUAGCUCUAACGUUUAGAAGAAACAAUCUAACAUUUUUACAUUUUCUAGUCUUUUAUUUUUUACUUGGAAUUUUUCUUAGAUUAAUACAAAAAAGGAGAAUACAAAAAAAAAAAAAAGAAAUCUCUAUGGAAUACAUUUUUUACAUCUUUUAAACUCCUUAAAAAUAAUUAGAAAGCACCUUUCUAAAACACAAAACCAACCAACUAACACACCCACCCUCUUUAAAUCUUUUCUUUAUAUAUUGGUCUUAAGAUAAACAACAACAAAAAUUUAUACUAAAAACUUUUUAAACCUUAAAUCUUAAAACUCGAAAUUAAAAAAAAACUACUACACUUAGAAAAAUUUCCCCCACAAAUUAAAGCAAUCACAUUUUUUUCAAAAACAAAAUUUCAUCAACACACACUGUCUCUCUCUCACACACACACAUUUUCAGCCUUAGGCAAUGGAAUGUUUAAACAACAACAAAUCUUAUUAAUUAAUUAAUAAAAUAAAAAAAUAAAUUUAUUAAUAAUUAAAACGACAUAAGUCCAGGUUUUUAAAUCCACCGAUUAUAUGAAAGAAAUUUAAAAAAAUAAACACAUAAAUUAAAAAAAAAUAUAGACAUUUUUAGAAUAAUUGAAUUGUAAUAAAAUUAAUAACAAAAUAUGACUUAAAAGUUUUUAAAAAAAAAUUCAAUACAAUUUAUAAAUUGAUUAGCAGAAAACUAUAAGAAAAGCAAAUGUAAUCUUCAUGUAGAAGAUUUAUUAUGAAAAAAGAAAAAAACUAAAAUCAGAAAAACAUAAAUUGAAUUUUCUCAAUGUUCAAAAUCAAAUUUACUAUAUAAAUAUAAAAACAAAACUACAAUAAAAAUUUAAUUAAUUUAUUUCGUUUUUUUUAAUCAAUUAUGAAUGAGUUUACAUACUAGUAAAAGCUGUGCUUA